AUGGCAGCGCUGGGGGAACCUGUGAGGCUGGAGCGGGAUAUUUGUAGAGCAAUUGAAUUAUUAGAAAAACUACAAAGGAGUGGGGAAGUACCACCACAAAAACUUCAGGCUUUACAAAGAGUUCUUCAAAGUGAGUUCUGCAAUGCCGUGAGAGAGGUAUAUGAACAUGUUUAUGAAACUGUGGAUAUCAGCAGUAGUCCUGAAGUGAGAGCCAAUGCCACUGCCAAGGCUACUGUUGCUGCCUUUGCUGCCAGUGAAGGACAUUCUCAUCCUCGAGUUGUUGAAUUACCAAAAACCGAAGAGGGACUUGGAUUUAAUAUUAUGGGAGGCAAAGAGCAAAAUUCUCCUAUCUACAUUUCUCGGAUUAUUCCUGGUGGUAUAGCUGAUCGACACGGGGGACUGAAACGAGGGGAUCAACUCCUGUCUGUUAAUGGAGUGAGUGUUGAAGGAGAACAUCAUGAAAAAGCUGUGGAAUUGCUAAAGGCAGCACAAGGGAAAGUUAAAUUAGUAGUGCGAUAUACACCUAAGGUCUUAGAAGAGAUGGAAUCACGGUUUGAAAAAAUGAGGUCUGCGAAACGCAGGCAACAGACUUAAUGUUAUGUACAUAGCCCUUACUAAACUUUGUAUUCAUUUUGCAUUUAGCUAAAACAGUUUUACUUAGGACCUACUGAGGGCUGCACUGACCGGGAUUGUAUAAAAAAAGUUCUCAUAAAAUGCUAUUUACCAUUUUAUAAACUCCUGUUUUAAUAUCAUUUAUGGUUACAGAGAAGCUUUCCCUUUUUUUCUGACAAGAAAAGUAAAAGGCAAUGAGGGCAAUUCUGUCCAUCUCUUUUUACAAACCUUUUUCAAAUGCAGUUUUUGUCAUAAAGUUGUUAUAGACUUUUAAAAUGCUUUUUAAAUAUUAAAAUGUACUUUUACAUUCA